UUAAGAUUCGAUUCCCAGGGAUGACACUGAACACACGGAACCGGUUGUUUCACCCAUUAUAAAACGUAUCGAGACGUAAAAUCUCCUGUAUCGGAGAAAAGGGACACGCAGUGGUCAUCAGAGAGCAGAACACUUAGCUUUUUAUUUAAGUGUUAUCACUAAAUAAUAAUACACCAUGAAUAAGACUCUAAACCAACAUUAUGAGGAGAAGGUGCGGCCCUGUAUCGACCUUAUCGACUCUCUACGCUCCCUUGGUGUGGAGAAGGACCUUGCGCUGCCAGCCAUCGCCGUGAUAGGGGACCAGAGUUCGGGAAAGAGCUCGGUGCUGGAGGCGUUGUCUGGGGUGGCUUUGCCAAGGGGGAGUGGUAUUGUAACACGAUGCCCUCUCGAGCUGAAGAUGAAGAGGAAGAAAGAAGGAGAAGAAUGGCAUGGAAAAAUCAGCUACCAAGACCAUGAGGAGGAGAUUGAGGACCCCUCUGAUCUGGAGAAGAAAAUUCGUGAAGCCCAGGAUGAAAUGGCAGGUGUGGGGGUGGGUAUCAGUGAUGACCUCAUCAGCCUAGAGAUUGGCUCCCCUGACGUCCCAGACCUCACACUCAUCGACCUGCCAGGCAUCGCCCGGGUAGCUGUCAAAGGUCAACCUGAGAACAUUGGUGAACAGAUUAAGAGACUGAUACGGAAAUUCAUCAUGAAGCAAGAAACAAUCAACUUGGUGGUUGUUCCAUGCAACGUUGACAUUGCAACCACAGAGGCUUUGCAGAUGGCACAAGAGGUGGACCCUCAAGGUGGAAGGACAUUAGGCAUCCUGACCAAGCCUGACCUGGUAGACAAAGGCACAGAGGAGACGGUGGUGGACAUAGUUCAUAAUCAGGUUAUCCACCUGACUAAGGGCUACAUGAUAGUCAAGUGCAGGGGACAGAAAGAGAUCAUGGAGCGAGUCUCACUGACCGAGGCCACAGAGAGGGAGAAGGCUUUCUUCAAAGAGCACGCUCAUCUCAGCACACUUUAUGAUGAGGGCCAUGCCACCAUCCCUAAACUGGCAGAGAAAUUAACUCUUGAACUGGUGCAUCAUAUCGAGAAAUCCCUGCCUCGUCUAGAAGAGCAGAUUGAGGCAAAGCUGGCAGAGACACAUGCCGAGCUGGAAAGAUAUGGUACCGGACCCCCUGAGGACUCGGCAGAAAGGAUGUACUUCCUGAUCGAUAAAGUGACUGCAUUCACCCAGGAUGCCAUCAACCUGAGCACCGGGGAGGAGCUGAAAAGCGGAGUUCGUCUCAAUGUCUUUUCCACACUCAGACAAGAGUUUGGGAAAUGGAAGCUACACCUGGAUUGCUCUGGAGAAAACUUUAACCAGAGGAUCGAGGGAGAAGUGGCUGAUUAUGAGAAGACGUACCGUGGAAGGGAGCUCCCAGGGUUCAUCAACUACAAGACCUUCGAGGUGAUGGUGAAAGACCAGAUCAAACAACUGGAGGAACCAGCAGUCAAGAAACUGAAGGAGAUUUCAGAUGCCGUUAGGAAGGUGUUCUUACUGCUGGCUCAGAGCAGCUUCACUGGAUUUCCUAACCUCCUGAAAUCAGCAAAGACAAAGAUUGAGGCCAUUAAGCAGGUGAAUGAGUCUACAGCUGAGUCCAUGUUGAGGACUCAGUUCAAGAUGGAGAUGAUAGUGUACACACAGGACAGCACCUACAGCCACAGUCUGAGUGAGAGGAAGAGGGAGGAGGAAGACGACCAACCCGUACCAACCCAUAAGAUAAGGAGUACGAUCUUUAGCACAGACAACCAUGCCACCCUACAGGAGAUGAUGCUGCACCUCAAGUCCUAUUACAGGAUAUCCAGUCAGCGUCUGGCUGAUCAGAUUCCCAUGGUGAUCCGCUACCUUGUCCUGCAGGAGUCUGCUUCCCAGCUGCAGAGGGAGAUGCUUCAGAUGCUGCAGGAGAAGGACAACAUCGAGCAGCUGCUGAAGGAGGACUUUGACAUCGGCAGCAAGAGGGCUGCACUGCAGAACAAGCUCAAACGCCUGAUGAAGGCACGCAGCUACCUAGUGGAGUUCUAGUAUGGACAGCUGCUUGUUAACAUUUAGGAUGGUCUUGAAUUUUUUUUAAAAUUGAAUGUAUUUUUUGGGAGGAUAACAGACAUAUUCAACUAAAUGUACAAUGUGGACCCAGAGGAUAUCACUUGAAAGUAUUAAUUAAAAUGCUUGUUUCCAAAGUGGUCCUCAAUGGUAAAAACAAUAACACAUAUAAAUGAUUAAAAGGCAAGACAAAAGUACAAACCAUAAAUACAUUCAUUUAUAUUGACAUCCUAAAAAGUGACCCUAUUCACUGCCCUUUUCCCUUACCUUUUUGUCCAUUCCAUGGGGGUCUUCCCUUACCUUUUUGUCCAUUCCAUGGGGGUCUUCCCUUACCUUUUUGUCCAUUCCAUGGGGGUCUUCCCUUACCUUUUUGUCCAUUCCAUGGGGGUCUUCCCUUACCUUAAAUCAACUAUAUUCAUUUCACAUUCAAACAAACUAUUAAUUGGACAUCAUACUGAUCCUUCAAAUAAAUACACCUGACCAGCAGUAGGGGGCACAAGGGGCAGUGGAGUGGUUUCUCUUACUCAGACAACCUUCUCCAAAUGAAAACCUUUGCCUGCUUUUUAAACCUAUUUUUAACUUUUUCUUUGCUUGAUCUCGAAGGGGAGGCUACUCCAUAGACAAAUGCCUUUAUAAAAAAAUGUGCUCCUUGCAGUACUGUUUACUCUUGGGAUUUUACAAGACAUAACACCAGCUCUGGUAUUGUAACUGUGCUGGUUAUAGAUGAUAUCAAUGUGGUUUUUCAUAUAACCUGGGGCAUGAUCAUUUAAGAUGUCAAACAUAUGAUCCAUUUUAAGUUGGUCCACUCUGGACUCCAAAGGCAACAAGCCCACCUCCCUAUGUGGAUCCUAGGGAGGACAUUCAGCAUAUACCUGAUAGCAUUAUUUUGCAUGACCCGCAUUCUCUUUUUCAGCUUUUUUGAUAGCCCAAUAUACCAAGCAGAGCAGGCAUAAUCAUAAUGACACUGAAUCAAGGUUGAAACAAGCAGUUCUAAACUUUGAUGUUAAAAUAUCUAGUGUUACUGACCAUAGAGAGCCUAUUUAUUACCUAUUUUGGUUAGGUCGGGGUGUGACUAGGGUGGGUAAUCUAGGUUGUUUAUAUCUAUGUUGGCCGGAUAUGGUUCCCAACCAGAGGCAGCUGUUUAUCGUUGUCUCUGAUUGGGGAUCAUAUUUAGGCAGCCAUUUCCCCACUGGUUUUUGUGGGAUUUUGUUUAUGUGUAGUUGCCUGUGAGCACUCCAUAGCUUCAUGUGUUGUUUGCUCUUUAUUGUUUUUAUGUGUUUCACGAAUUAAAAGAUGUGGAACCCA